GAAGGAAGACCUCCAGGACGAGGGCUGGUGAGAGCCGUACUAGAGGGUCUCCAGCUGCUGUCGUUGACCUUCCUGUACAUAAGGCGGCAGUAGAGCAGAUCCAGCGCCGCGUUUAAGGAAAGGACCGCCUCGCGUUAAAAUACAGGAAGCAAAACACUCGACCCACCCAGACAGCCACGUUUGUGAAACAGUCGGCUCUGCUUUCGGCAGGUCGGUUAAAACGCUUACUUCACCUUAAUCACGCAACUGCGAGGCAUGAUAUGGAUGUUGCAACUGUUUUGCUAUUAACAGAAGAGGAAAUCCAAUAUAAAAGGUGAACAGAUGGAAAAAACUAAGAAGAACACUUAUGGGGGAUUCAGUGAUUCUUUCCUGAAUAUGAGUCCCACCUGCUCCCGUACAUGUCACCUAAAAGAUGCAUGGCAGACAGUCACUGACAAUCGCAACUUAUCAAAGUCAGCAAGACUUAUGACACUAACUGGCAGUUCAGAAAACACUAAAGAGAUGCAAAAGAAAGGUGAGAGAGAAUAUUCUAAAUUGCAGGCCAGGGGACACCAGGAAAUUGGAAAUUUGAAAAAGAGGAAACAAAUCAAAGAUGAACAGGACUGGAAGGGUGCAGAUGACUCAUUAUGUGAAACAUCAGCUCCUGAAGCGUCUCCAAGAAAGAAAAAGAAAAAGAAGAAGAAGAAGAAGAAGAAGCAGAAACUAGAUCUGACAGAAUGUACAUGGAAAAUAUCCACAAAAGAUGCCUCAGAGACUUCAAGGAAAAAGAAGAAAAGGAGGAGUUCCAUAGCCGCACAUGACACACAAGUGGGUAUAAUGAUGGAGUGGGAAGAAAGUGAGCCAAAAAACAAUGGGAAACACGAAGAGCAUGUUAAGAGAAAUAAAAAUGAAGUGAGACACAAGGACUACAGUAUUUCAGCUGAACAGCCCAAGGUUGUGGAGUCAAUAUGCAGACACACAGCUCCGAUUGAGAUUGAUGAUGAUUAUGAAGACUCAGAUAAGAGCUGCAUCAGAUUUACAAAAAGGAAAUAUAAAAAAGGAGACCAAAGAUUUAUUGAUCCAUAUCUUUUGGAGGAGCUCAAAGAAUUUGUUCCAAAUGCAGAGUCACGAAGUUUUAAUGAUAUAAAUAAAAUGAUUCUUUAUGACCUGCCGAGAUAUAAGGAAUUCAAGAAAGAGGGUGUCCCACUGAAUCGUGGAAGGUUCACAGUAGAAGAAAAUGAGACAUUACGGAAGAACGUUGAAAACUUCAUGGCCCUUACUGAAAUAGACAGUGCUACCAAACUCUUUUUUACUCAUUACUUCAAGGAAGAGCAAGACAAAAUAAAGAAGCUUAAAAGGAUGCAUAGAUUCUUUCAAAGGAUAGCGGAGGGAAUUCCCAGGUCCUGUCAUGAUGUUUAUGCUCGUGGGAGAAGAGUUUUUGAUAGCACCAAUCACAAGGGAAUAUUUUCAGAGGAUGAACUUCACAUGUUGCGCAAAUUGCACACAAUACAUGGUAAUAAUUGGAAGAGGAUUUCAGAGCUGACUGGACGAAGUGCCUUCUCCCUCGAGAAACGAUACUCUCAGAUUUCUGUUAAGGAAGGCAGAUGGCACCCCAAGGAAUUAAAGAGGCUUUUGCAAGCUGUGCGAGAACAUAUAGUGGGUCAACUUCAACUUGGAGCUACAAAUAACUCAAUCAUAGUCAGCAGGGAGAUGUUGUACAAGAGACUUCCCUGGCAGAAAAUUGCUGCAAAGGUGGAAACUCGCACUUGGAGCAAGUGCAGAGAGAAAUGGAUGUCAAUUUUGGCUGUGAAAAUGUCCUCUGGAGCAUUUAACGCAGGGGAGAACUCUGCCGAAGUCAAAGUAAAGCUUAUAAAAGCGAUGUAUGAAAUGCAAGUAGAUGACAUUGCCCAUGUCAACUGGGAUGACGUGACAGCAUUGAUUGGAGAUGUUCCUCCAUCGUUUGUGCAAAGAAAAUGGCACAAACUGAAAAUCUGUCAUGUGCCAAACUGGCACAACAAGUCUUUUGCAGACACCAUCGAUUUUCUGUAUGAGAAUGUUCUGCCACAAAUUGAAAAGGAAUUGAAGGACCCCGGUGAUAAGACACAGCGCGGUGAUAAACAAAAAGAGACCUUCCUUCUCUCUGACAUCUUUUCGGACAUUAAUAAGGAAAAUGAUGCUGAUGAUGAUGAUGAUGAUGAUGAGGACAGCACCUAGUACAUAGUUGAUAUAAAUACAGAGGAACAAAAGGAGCAGGAAGAGAACGGCAAUAAGUGGACUAAUUUGAAUGUAACCCCCUGUCAUCUUUCAAAAAAAAAACAAAAAAAAAAACAAAACUUGAUGGAUCAUUUAUUUAUUUUUUUUAUUUUAAAGAGCCUUGUUAAGGUUAUUUGUUUUAUGCAACAAGGGUUGUUACCAAAUGGUCACUUUUGUUUUACAUUCCAAUCGAAAGAGACCAGUUUUUUUUUUUUUUUUAACUGAACAUUUUUGUAAACAUCUCUGGUGUAACGAUCUGUUCUACAUAUAAUUUUCACAAAUAUUUUUAAAUAAAACAGACAGGGAUUACACCUAA